UUAAGAAGACUAUUCCAAGGAGAGAAGAAAAAAAAAAGAAAAAAAAGAAGAAGAAGGUCACCACUCAAAGAAAUGUCAAAAGAGCUCUUCACAUCUUCUUCUUGCAAGUCUACCGACACAAAUUGGCCCUUCAAAUUCUCUGGAACUUGGAAAAAACACUUUCUUUGAAGUGGGUUUUGCCCAAGAUUUCAUAUUCUUUUUAAAAAAUCAGUUUUUUUUCUGACUUGUUGAAUUGAUUUACUAUGGAGGCAAGUUUAGGUGAUCAUGGUGUCCAAAGUAAUUUCAGUGGAGUUCCAACUCAUGGGGGUCGUUAUAUGCAGUAUAAUGUGUAUGGUAAUCUUUUUGAAGUUUCCAAAAAGUAUGUUCCCCUUAGGCCUGUGGGUCGUGGAGCUUAUGGCAUCGUUUGUGCCGCUUUGAAUUCGGAAACACGUGAGGAAAUAGCUAUCAAGAAGAUUGGCAAUGCAUUUGAUAAUAGAAUAGAUGCAAAAAGGACUCUACGAGAGAUAAAGCUUCUUCGUCACAUGGGUCAUGACAAUGUGAUUGCCAUUAAAGAUAUUAUAAGGCCACCACAAACUGAGAAUUUCAAUGAUGUCUACAUUAUUUAUGAACUGAUGGACACUGAUCUUCAUCAGAUAAUUCGUUCCAACCAACAAUUGACUGAUGAUCACUGUCGGUAUUUCCUAUACCAAAUAUUACGAGGACUCAAAUACAUUCACUCUGCCAAUGUCCUGCAUCGUGAUCUAAAACCCAGCAAUUUGCUUCUCAAUGCAAACUGUGACCUAAAAGUUGGAGAUUUUGGGCUUGCAAGGACAACAUCUGAAACAGAUUUCAUGACAGAGUAUGUUGUAACACGGUGGUAUCGUGCACCGGAGUUGCUCCUAAAUUGUUCAGAAUACACAGCAGCAAUUGAUAUCUGGUCAGUUGGUUGCAUACUGGGUGAGAUGAUGACACGACAGCCUCUCUUUCCUGGCAGGGAUUACGUUCACCAGUUGAAACUUAUCACAGAGCUCAUAGGAUCACCUGAUGAUGCCAGUCUUGGAUUUCUCCGGAGUGAUAAUGCUCGGAGGUAUGUUAGACAGCUCCCACAGUACCCAAGGCAACAAUUUGCUGCUAAAUUCCCCAAUUCAUCUCCUGGAGCUGUUGAUUUGCUUGAAAAAAUGCUUGUCUUUGAUCCAAGCAGGCGUGUUACAGUUGAUGAAGCUCUCUGCCACCCCUACUUGGCACCUCUUCAUGAUAUCAAUGAGGAGCCUGUUUGUCCCAUGCCUUUCAGUUUUGACUUUGAGCAGCCAUCUUUUACUGAAGAAAAUAUCAAGGAGCUCAUCUGGAGGGAAUCUGUGAACUUUAAUCCAGAUCCAACUCACUGAGAGAGAUGCUGUUUUAUAAUUUCUGAUGUUUCAUAACUUUUUUAGGAUACUUAUCAAACUUCUCUGUGAUCCUCGGAAAUAGUAGAUCAAAUGCAGUGGAGGCGAGUUCAUGGUUCUGUUAGUAGCUUAUGUUAGAUUUGUCCUAUUAGUCUUUCAAGGUGAUCAGAACGUUCCAAGUACCAAUUCCUUCUUGUUACCAGAUUCUCUCUGGCUGGUGGAACUAGGAAAUCCCAAGUGAUUACAGCUUGUUAUCCUAAAAAUUUGACCUAUCUUUGCUUUCAAGUGGUUUGACAGUAGUUAUGUAUUUUUCAGUCUGGAUGCCCUAUGUGAUUGUAGAUUUGUAUUCUUAUGAACAAUCACCUAGUUUUCUUUAGUGUUUCUAAAUUCUUUCUCAGCUACAAGGUGAUAUCCAGAAGCGUGUAUUUGCUAUCUUACAUGUGCUGUUCACAAUUCCUUCCCGGUAAAUGAACUUUGAGAUUUGUCUUU